GCGGCUGAUGAUCGUUGAUCUUCGCGUGCGCCGGCGCGCGAGCGAGGCACGCCUCUCGGCAGCGUCUCGGACCUGCGUGCCCGUCUCGAAUUUCGGUGCGCCACCCAAAAGGGCGGCCUGCCCCGCGACCGACGGGCCGAGGCCCGCGGCGCGCGCCCAGGGGAGGAGGGAGGAGGAGGAGGAGGAGGAGGAGGAGGAAGGAGGAGGGGGAGGGAGGGAGGGGAGAGGCCUCCCAAGAAGGUCCCGAAAGCAACACGUGGGGCGCUCCCGGAAGGCGCCUCGCCUUCGAGGAGCGAAGGAGCUGCCGUGUCUGCUUCGGCGGGAGGCGGCGGAAAGGCGGCGGAAGGCGACGGAAACAGAACGGGGCCGCCUCCGCAAACGGAGGCCGGCGGAAGGCCGGCAGAAAUAAACAUCGGGCGAAGAUGUGGCAAGGUUUUUUGGUGCAGGGCUUCCGGGGCCCGCCACAUGUAUCGAAGGGCGCCGAUGGUCCAUGCCUUCGGCGAGGCUCCCGGGCGAAUGCGUGUGAUGUCCGCCCCUCUGGGCUAGUCGUCCCUGUCGUCGCCGCCGACCAAGCAGUCAGUCCCUCGGCUGCGCCGUCGGGCGGGCAAGGAAACACGUACGUCAGGCGCGCAGUGCGGGGGCCGCCCCACCGCGCGCCGCGGCGGCGCGGCGGCGGGCGGAAGCGGCGCGGGUUCGGAGCAUGGCGAGCUGAGGCGACAGCAUCUCAAAAUCGGUCCCUGGACUUCCGUUGUUCCCAUCGCCCACUCCUGCUGUCCCAGCCCGCCCUCCUCUGGCGGACGUGCCCCUCAGAGCUCGUCGCGGUCGUAUUCCGCGUCGGCGUCGCCGCCGCCGCUGGGGCGCUGCAGUGGCUGGCCUGCGUCGUGCCCCCUCGGUGGAGGUGCGCGGGGCUGGUGCACUGCGGAGAGCCCGGGCUGCCGAGGCCGGGGGCCGCAACAACCCUUCUUGGCGCCGGACUCCCGCUGCAACUCCGCCUCGAGGUCCGUCCGCAGCCCUCUGGCGUCCUCGAUCGCUGCCGCUGCUGCUGCCGCAGCUGCCGCAGCCGCCGCAGCUCCCCGUCGUCGGGGGGCUGCCGCAGCCUCCCGCGCACUCCUGCAGCUCCCCGCGCAGCUCCUCCUCGCGCUCCCAGCGCCCGCCCGCGCCGGCGGCGUCCGCGACGCGGCGCCGCUCGGCGGCGAGGGCGUCCUCGACCUCGCCGCGCUCGAGCGCGCACUCCUCCAAGGCCCGCGCGAGCCUCUGCCUCGCCCGCUCGUGCUGGCGGCACUCCUCGUCCACCUGCGCGAGGCGCGCGCGGAGCUCCCCCGCCGCGCGGAGCUCCGCCGCCGCGCGGAGCCCCUCGCGCUCCGCGGCCAGUGCGGCGGCGGAGGCCUGGGCCUCGCUCCGCUCCCUCGCCUCCCGCAGCUCCUCGCCCAGCGCCGCCUCCUCCCGCUCGAGCCUCUCGUUCUCCUGCUCCAGGGCGGCCACCUCCCGCCUCGCGUCGUCCUGCCACGCGUCCUCCCGGGACCGCUCCGCCUGCAGCUGGCCCAUCAGCAGGCUGUAUGCCUGGCUGGUCCGGAGCUGCUCGGCGCUGAGCUCCCGCCGGCGCUCCUCCUCCGCCGCCCUCCGCCGGUCCUGGGCGGCCUUGAGCUCCAGCUCCCCUACGGUCCUGAGCUGCUCCCGCGCCCUCCGCUCCUUGGCGAUCUGGCCCCGCAGCUCCGCCUGCACGUGCGAGGUCUGCGCCAGCUGCUGCUCGAGCGAGCUGCGCACGCCCAGGGCGCCGGCCAGCUGCUGCUCGGCGUCUUCGACCCUCUGGGACAGCUCCCUCUCCUCGCCCGCCCACUCCUGCGCCAGCGCCUGGCACUCGGCCUCCUCGCUCAGCAGCUCGCCCCCGAGCGCCUGCCGCGCCGCCGCCGCCCGGGACAGCUCGGCCCCGACCGUGUCGCGCGCGUCGGCCAGCCGGUGGGAGAGCACGCUGAUGCUGUAGCCCUGCCGGCCGCACUGGUCCCGCAGCUCUUCCAUCUCGAGCGCCAGGCGGCCCUCCUCGGCCUCGGCCGCCGCCCGCUCGCUGCCGUAGCCCCUCCACAGCUGCUCCUCCGCCUGCCUCCGCGCCAGGCCGGCGGUGGUCCACGCCCGCCCGGGGGAGAUGUUCGGCGCUGGGCGCUGGGGCGCCGCCCUCGACAGGGCCGCCGAGGCCGCAAGACCUGCUCCCAGCGAGCUGCUCGGCCGCCGCCGCCCCGGCCCAGCGCUCUCCCGCUGGGGCGCGACCCUCGUCAGGGUCGCCGCAGCCGCCCCGCCAGGCUCUCGCGAGGGCGCCACCCUCGUCAGGGUCGCCGCAGCCCCGCCAGGCUCUCGCGAGCGGCUCGGCCGCCGCCGCCCCGAGCCAGCGCUCUCUCGCUGGGGCGCAGCCCUCGUCAGGGUCGCCGUAACCGCCCCGCCAGGCUCUCGCGAGCGGCUCGGCCGCGGCCGCUCCGGCCCAGCGCUCUCUCGCUGGGGCGCCGCCCUCGUCAGGGUCGCCGUAGCCGCCCCGCCAGGCUCUCGCGAGCGGCUCGGCCGCCGCCGCCCCGAACCAGCGCUCUCUCGCCGGCGCCCCGCGCGGAGGCUGCGCGCCCAGCAUGGGCCCUGGCGGGCGGCCCGGGGGCGGGGGGCGGCAGCGGGCUGCGGCCCAGUCCCCAGCGGCGACGGAGGGAGGAGUGGGCGGGGCAGGGCUGGCGCCGACCCGGGCCAGAGGGGGGCGCCCCAAUUGAGCGAAG